CUUAAUGCAAAGUUUAUUAUUUCAAUGGAAAAAAAUAAAACGACAAUCACAAAUUUAAAGGUACCAGAGGGUAGUACUGGAGACACAGGACGAGAAAGAACUAAGACAUUUACCUAUGAUUUUUCCUAUUUCUCAGCAGACAGUAAAAGUCCCAGCUUUGUUUGUCAAGAAAUGGUUUUCAAAAAUCUUGGUACGGAUGUGCUUAAAUCUGCUUUUGAAGGUUAUAAUGCUUGUGUUUUUGCAUAUGGACAGACUGGAUCUGGGAAGUCCUACACCAUGAUGGGAAAUGCGGGUGAUGCGGGUUUAAUACCUCGAAUUUGUGAAGGAUUAUUCAGCAAAAUAAGUGAAAAAACGAAGCGGAAUGAGGCAUCCUUUCGAACGGAAGUCAGUUACCUGGAAAUUUAUAAUGAACGUGUGAGAGAUCUUCUCAGACGGAAGUCAUCGAAAACUAAUAAUUUACGAAUACGAGAACAUCCGAAAGAGGGGCCAUAUGUUGAGGAUUUGUCUAAACAUUUAGUGCAAAAUUAUGCUGAUGUAGAGGAACUUAUGGACGCAGGAAAUAUAAAUAGAACGACGGCUGCAACAGGAAUGAAUGAUGUCAGUAGCAGGUCGCACGCCAUUUUCACGAUUAACUUCACUCAGGCUAAAUUUGAUUCUGAAAUGCCUUGUGAAACUGUUAGCAAGAUUCAUUUGGUAGAUCUUGCUGGAAGUGAGAGAGCAGAUGCCACCGGUGCCACAGGGGUUAGAUUAAAGGAAGGAGGGAAUAUUAACAAAUCUCUAGUUACUCUGGGAAAUGUAAUUUCUGCCUUAGCUGAUUUAUCUCAGGAUGCAACAAACCCUCUUUCAAAGAAGAAACAAGUAUUUGUGCCUUACAGGGAUUCUGUGUUGACUUGGCUGUUAAAAGAUAGCCUAGGAGGAAACUCUAAAACUAUAAUGAUUGCCACUAUUUCACCUGCUGAUGUCAAUUAUGGAGAAACUUUAAGUACACUUCGCUAUGCAAAUAGAGCCAAAAACAUCAUCAACAAGCCUACUAUUAAUGAGGAUCCUAACGUCAAACUGAUCCGUGAGCUGAGAGCUGAAAUAGCCCGAUUAAAAGCCCUGCUUGCUCAAGGGAAUCAGAUCGCACUCUUGGAUUCUCCAACAGCUUUAAGUAUGGAAGAAAAGCUUCAGCAGAAUGAAGCAAGAGUACAAGAACUGACGAAAGAGUGGACAAACAAGUGGAAUGAAACUCAAGAUAUUCUGAAAGAACAAACCUUGGCUCUGAGGAAAGAAGGGAUAGGUGUUGUGUUAGAUUCUGAACUGCCUCAUCUAAUUGGCAUUGAUGAUGAUCUUCUCAGUACUGGUAUCAUCUUGUACCACUUGAAGGAGGGCCAAACAUAUGUUGGGAGAGAAGAUGCUAUGACAGAACAAGAUAUUGUUCUUCAUGGCCUCGAUUUGGAAAGUGAGCAUUGCAUCUUUGAAAAUCUCAACGGUACUGUGAAUCUGAUACCACUGAAUGGAGCGCAGUGUUCUGUGAACGGUAUUCAGAUUGCAGAGGCCACACAGCUAAACCAAGGUGCAGUUAUAUUACUUGGAAGAACCAAUAUGUUUCGCUUUAACCACCCCAAAGAAGCUGCUAAGCUAAGGGAGAAAAGAAAGAGUGGGCUGCUGUCUUCCUUCAGCUUGUCUAUGACAGAUCUUUCAAAAUCUUGUGAGAACCUGUCAGCAGUUAUGCUUUACAAUCCAGG